AUGAUUAAUUCAGACAGGAUUGAAGAAGACAUACCUUUUUGGGGCUCAAGAGGCAGAAGAGAAAGUUCCUCUGUAGAGCACAAACAAGAAAGAUUGAAACCUAAGGAAAGAUAUAACUGCAACGGACUAUGCUUUCCUUUUGACUCAGACGAGCGAAACGAUAUCCCAUUUUGGGGUAAUCGUGGACGACGAGAUUCUAGCUCCCAAAGCAGUGAAAACACUCUUUGGGAUGAAAGAUUCAGACGACAGGAUGAUGAUGAUGAAGACAGUCCAUUUUGGGGUAGUCGCGGCAGACGGGAUGACGAUAUACCGUUCUGGGGCAGCAGAGGUAGACGUGAGAACUCCUUAGAUUCCAAACAGUAUUUAUCAUCAUCAAAAUCUCCGGAUGUAGAAGAUGAUGAGGAAAUUCCUUUUUGGGGAAAUCGAGGGCGAAGAAGGAUGAAUAAAGAAAAAAGUCACAGCCUGGAUGAACCGGAACCUUUUUGGGGCAGUCGUGGAAAAAAAGAAAAAUAUAAGUUUAGGUCAACAGACGACGAAGAACAGAUACCAUUCUGGGGUAACCGCGGUAGACGAAUGAGCGGACUUGAUAGUUAUUCAAAUAGAGGUGAUGAUUAUGAUGACUUGGACAGUAUGUCAAAGAUGAAAAGAAGAGAAUUGUCAUCUUCCUUUUGGGCGAACAGAGGCAGAGAGAGCAGAUUAAAUAAUCUUUUCACAGGACCUAUACGGAAUAGAAUACAGAACAUGCCAACAACGAAUGACCUCAAUAAAGAAGUAAGCAAGGGUUUCCAUAUUAAGCCAUCUGAGCAGAACACCGUUCAUGAUGAUAGAAUUUACGCAGAAGAGCCACAUUAUAUUUUGAUUGAACGUAGUAGCCGUGCUUCAGCUGAAGACGAUCCGUACAUAAUUACAAGAGGCAAGAAAUAUAGCAGUUAUUUCCAUCUUCCCAAAGCUGUCAGGGAUCGCCGUGGAGCAAUCGAUGAUAUCUUCAAGUCAGUCCAAAACGAUCCUUAUUACAUAGCAAGAGGAAAGAAGGAUUCCUUUGUUAAGGUUGGUAACACAAUCAUGUCAAUGCAAUCUUUAAACAGAGAUAAAGAAGCUGUUUGUGCUUUAGUAAAAUCUGUACUAUCGAAACCUGAAGGAACUAAAACUAAGAGAGAAGUGAAUGAUUCAGAAAGAGACAGGCGUACUAUUUUAAAAAAGUUGGCAGCUCAACUGCAACAAGAUCCGUACUUCGUGAGUAGAGGGAAAAAAGAUGCAAGUGACAACGAAAAAAAGAUCAAAGGUUUCGUCGAACAAAUAAUCGAAAUGUGUUAUUAA